UUCUUCGCCAAACACUAACUUCAACUUAGACUUCGUUUUUUUUAUCGUCAAUCUGUCGGCAAACAUUGGGUAGUUGUGGACCGCCUUCGGCGUGUCGUAUUUGUUUCCAUACCGGCGGCUCCACUUACCGCAGUCUUGCCCGUUAAACCCACCGCUGCCGCCGUCGGGUCAAAACAACAUUUUUUUUUGCUAUGACGCGCUUCGCGGAACGCGUUUUACCCUGUCAUCAGCUCCGUUUCAAGCAGUGCCUCGCCGGUCGUCUAGCUUUCAACAACACAGCUCGAUCGAGGAUCACCGUCGUUGUCGUUGUCGUCGGGUAUGGCAGCGCGGAGAAAAGCAUACCGCGAAUCUCAGACACGCCUUUUAUAAUCGAUUUCCUUAUCAACAGUGCGAUAAAGUUUAACUCUCAAUCAAACCUGUAUUGGAUUACAAGCUUGUUUAGUGUGUAGCAAAAAAAAUGUGAUAAUCAGAUAAUCAUGCCCUCAUUGCUGAUUUUUACAAUUAGACUGUGGUUGACACUGCGAAAGCAGGUUGUGAGUGUGACCUAUGCGUUAGGCUAAGAUAAUUCAAGUUGGAUCAUUUACUGCAAUUGUCUGAGUAAUGUUUUUAGAGAAAUUAAACUUCAAACUGCUUGACCUUGAAACUGUGUCUUGGAAAGAAUAACUUUGAAGAUUUGGAUGAUUACAGCCUCACAGGAACAAAUGAUCAAGACAAGAUCACCUUUUCAAACCCAAUAAGCAUAGACCAACAAUACCGUAUCCGCUCGUCCUAAUUUAUUACCUUAUUAUUGUCAUGGCUACAGUUCUCGUUAUCUGUCAGCAGAGGUACCCUCACCUGUUCAGUAUAGUUCUCUUUGGUCGAAGUAGCAUACCGGUUUCAUGUUGUAUGUAGUUUAAUGUGAAAAGCUGUGAGAUUAAUGCACUACUGGUUUAGCUCGAUAGGAAGUGAGUACAGUAUUUAGUGAGAACGGUGAUUUGGCGGUUCAAAUUUGACCGGAUAUGAACAUGAGUAGCAGCAAUGGCGGCAACAGCAGUGGUGGCAGCAAGAAUUACAAGAAGAAUUCGGUGACCUUCAGCGAACAAAUUGACAUCGACUCCAAAAAUCUUCACAACUACCUGCCUGUGCCCAGGUCAGAUGGCGAGUCCAGUCAAUUGAUAACGAAAGCUGCCUCCAUUGCAACGAUGCCCGUAAAGUAUAACCAUCACGGAUCAGCCACAAUCCUUGAUCAAAUCCCAGAAGACGCUCAACCAACGAAAAAGAGCACUACAACAACCCACACGAACGGUGCAGCACCGCGAAGACCAUCAGUCGUCGUGCAGGACAUCCUAUCGACACACAGACCUUCAGCAAUUCUUACCGCACUACGGAGGGGGUCGCUAGCAUGGCUUCCAGGGAGAAGAAAAAGUGUUCUCCAAACCCACGACACCGAAUCCAACAUGGGUAGCAAAGCAUCUCUGAGCCAAAUUCCGCAUGGUUCCGGUGCCCACAGUGAACUAGCGAUAGAGUCGCGCCGGAAGAACCGACGAAUCGGAGACGAUGCUCUCAGCACAGCUCUCUCUGCGCUGUACGCCAAGGUCAUUGUGAUUCUCGGAAUAGCUCUACCCGUGACAGAGAUUCUAUCAUCCCAGAUACCGGCGAACGUUUAUCAAGGUUUCUAUCUCUAUCUCUACAUAACCAGUAUAUCGUUCGUUAUCUUUGUGUAUGCGUCCAACAUGAGGCGAAGGGCAGUGAUGACGCUGAUCAAAACGUAUCAUGAAAAAACCAACAGCUAUCCAAUCAAGAAACGUAUACCUCACUUUGGAAGUUUCUAUCUGCGAGUAGGCGCGAUCGCCUUCGGCAUCGGUACAAUGGUCUAUUCAGGCCUUGAGUUCGGCCAAUACUUUGAACUGCGCACGUCGGAAGAGUGUUCAAGUAUUUUUAUAGCAAUGACACCAGCGGCCCGGAUGAUCCUUUCCAUCGUCCAGAUGCAGUUUAUCUUCCUGAACACCUCGGAGUUGGACAUGGCUCGCCAUAAAGUUUUCGCACGUUUCGGUUUGAUGCACAUGGUAGCGACGAACCUGUGCGAGUGGCUGUACGUGCUAGUCGAGGAAACGAAACACGAGAUUCAUCAUCUGGCACACAUUGCUGGACAUAGCAAGAUCGUUUCCAGCAUCGUUGAAGUCACCACAACAACACUAGCUCCCUCCACGACAACCGAGGACACGUUCUUAAGAGAUUCAACUGACAGCAAUCACACGCUUGUCAAACGAGCAACCCAGAAUGCCGUCGACUACGUAGACUGUCAGCGAACCAACAUCAUGGGUUCGCUGGUCCAGAAUGCAUCUCCCUUUUUGUUUCCAUGCACUAUCGAAUAUUCGUUGAUUUGUGCCGUGAUCCUGUACGAGAUGUGGAAGAAAGUCAAAACCAUUGCCGAAAUUGAUCGCACUCGACGAAAUUCCAAUAAAGUUCAUAGCGCCUCCAGUACCAAGAGCGCUCAUCACUUCUCCGUGGACUGUUCCCGGGCACAUCGUGGAAUGUUUGGUGGGAUAAUAAUUACCGUCCUAACGAUCAUUUGUUUGAUUAUGUACUUCGUGUUGCAUGAUGAACCCGGGUACGAGUACUUUGCCCUCCAAGAGGUGACGAUCGCUGAAACUUUGCUCUAUGCGGUAACCGCAGCCGGAGUAGUGGCCGCUAUGGUCAGAAUGAGAGAUUUAAAGUACUGCAAGAAAAACAACGACCCACACGCUGGAUCCGUAAGUCUCGAUUGUACGCUGCUCGUACUUGCCCAAACCGGUGUCUAUGUGUACGGGAUGUUCAGCAUCAUCGGAAGCUAUUUUUCCAUAAAGGAAGGAAUUGUUGGAUCACGGGAAGGAUUGAUCGCGGAAAUAUUCAGCUUGGUUCAGACGUCCAUGCAAACUCUGUUCAUCCUGAACGCCGUCUGGCGGAAGUGUCGAGGUGCUCAACAGAAUCGGACCAAACCGGGUCGUGAAAUUGUAACCUUUCUUCUCGUGGCAAACAUGGCCAUGUGGUUUAUCAAUACGCUGGUUAAAGGACGGGCAAGCUUCAGGCCCUCGCAUCUGGACUUUUUCGGUACCUGGGCUUGGACCGUGAUAACACACGUCUCGAUGCCAUUGGCAAUCUUCUAUCGGUUUCAUUCGACCAUUUGCCUGUUUGAGGUGUGGAAAUCUACCUACAAGGUCAAGAGCGGGGAUCAUCAUUAGCGAGUAGCGUUGGAUUAGGCUUCGUAAGCUAGAAAGUGAUCGAAAGCCAUUAAAUUUACCCGCUGAGAAUUUUUGGUUGGUGGCAUUGAUGAUUUUGGUUUAGUCUGAGAGAAAGACAGAGACCUGGCUCCUCCAUGUACAAACAAAUGAGAUUCGAUGGGCCUUUCGGGAGAACAGCCACAAUCAAAACACUAGUAAUGGGCAGCAGUAAUUUAUAUUGAAUGACAGUAUUAAGCAACCAGUGAUGUGUGUAUUGGAGAUUAAUAAAUAUUUAAUUAAUAAGAAUCUAUUACAAA